CAUUCUGCUGCGCUCCGCACGGAAAACGUCCAAGGCCCUUGCAUCCUUACCGCGCAUCCUUACUAUCCUGGUCGAAUGUAUGGCCGUACCCAUUUUGUCUCAAGUCACAGGGGUUCGAGGGCUGCCGUCCCAACUGCUGCCUGCGCGCCGCGCCCGUGGAGCUAUGCAGCCCAGGUUAGAUGGCACACCCUGUGUUCGACGGCGCUGCGCCCGGUCGGUUCCGCGUUUUGUCGUCGGCCGCUGAAAAGCGCAGCAUCGGCGAGCUUGCGAAGGUUUGAGGCGGGCCUGCCCCUCUACAGGAGGAGUAUUCGAAAGCAGUAGUAAAAAAACAGUCUGGGGACGAUGCUUUGAGCAGUUGUUGGCCAUUUGGGGGCAUCGUGGGGGUAUUUUGAAUCUCUCGCCCAAGACCACCCUGUAAGGGCACGUGCCCGACCCUAGCGAAGGCCCGCGUGGAGUGGAGCUCGCCGUGCCCGCCGCGCCCCAUUCAGAGCCUUCCUGAGGCGGCCGGUGCUCGAGGGGCUCGAGGGGCUCUCCGCGACGCCGGCCGCCCGUGCAGGAGGGCACGUCGCCGCGGGGUGCGGCGGCCGAGGAGCUGCCGCGGGCCGGCCGCAUCUCGGGCUGCCCGCCCGGCCCGUCGGCGCCGUGCCCGCCGGGCGCAGCUACGACGCGGGCCCUUGCGACCAGCGCAGCCGGCGGCUUCGCCACGGUCACACUGCGUCACGUGAAAGAAAGAGGCCGUCACUCAGGAGAGUUUCGUUCUCGAGCUUGAGAGGGCGGGCUUCGCACUCGAGUGCGACCUCGUGCACCUCCGCUCGGACUUGCGGAGCCGGUUCAACGCUGACCGCGGCAUGGCUUUCGUCAUCUUCUUGACCUCUCAGGUCGCUGGCGCGUUCUCCGAGGCGUUCCAAGGCACCUGCGAGGUGGGCGGGCAUGCGCUGGAGGCUGGCUGUCUCGAGGUGCUCCUGGCGAAGAUCCAGGGCUUCGCGCUCAACGCGGCCCAACGCUACCCGCCCUCCAGCGCCGCUCGCCGUGGCUUCCGGAGGGCCCGCCUGGUCUUCUUGCCCAAGAUUUCAGACGCGCACGCGCUAUUCCGGAGUCUCACGCGCAAGCGCCCGCUGCAGCCCAAAGCUCUCGCCGACCGAGGCAGGCCGAGGUCGAUAGGAGUAUAGGGGCCUGGGCGCGCACCGGGAGGGCCUAGGACUGGGGUAAAUCUUCCCAGCGUGUUCCGAAACGCUCUCAGAGCGUUCCCGAGCGCUCUGGAACGGCCGCUCAUGUGACCAGGUCAUGGCUUCUUCUUAGCGCACGCCCUGGCGGCGCUCUCUUCGCCACUCUCGGAAGCGUUGGCUGUGUCCAUGCUUGCCCAGCGUGGCCUCGAGGCUGCCACCGGUGCCGUGAGCGUGCACAUUACAGGAACGCUGCUUACGCCUCGCCAGUGGGGAUUAGGGCGGGUUAAACGAUGCCCAAUUGUUUUUGGC